AUGGCCAAGUCGGAGGCGAACAACAAGCCCAAGGUGGCUCCCUCGACCCAUUUGAUCGCUGGUGGUAUUGCAGGUUUUGCGGAAGCAUGUACCUGUCAUCCCUUGGAUACGAUCAAGGUGCGCAUGCAGCUUUCCCGUAGAGGCAAGAAAGCCGGUGAAAAGCCACGAGGUUUCAUUGCUACCGCUUCUCACAUUGUCAAGCGUGAGACUCCGCUUGGUCUCUACAAGGGUCUCGGAGCCGUUGUAGCUGGUAUCGUUCCCAAGAUGGCCAUUCGAUUCAUGUCGUUCGAGCAGUACAAAGGCGCUCUGGCCGACAAGACAACAGGAAACACUUCAUCCCAAGGUGUCUUCCUUGCAGGUCUCGGAGCUGGUACCACAGAAGCCGUAGCUGUCGUCAACCCGAUGGAGGUGGUCAAGAUCCGUCUGCAAGCACAGCAGCACUCGCUUGCUGAUCCUCUCGAAGUGCCCCGAUACCGCAACGCCGCCCAUGCUCUCUACACCAUCAUCCGCGAGGAAGGUGUCAUGACACUCUACCGCGGUGUCGCUCUUACAGCUGCACGACAGGCGACCAACCAGGCUGCCAACUUUACCGCCUACCAAGAGCUCAAAAGCGCUGCACAGAAGUUCCACGGUACGUCGGAGCUGCCUUCCUACCAGACUGCCUUGAUUGGUUUGAUCUCGGGUGCGCUCGGCCCCUUUUCGAAUGCUCCUAUCGACACAAUCAAGACACGUAUCCAGCGUGCUUCCAAGGUGCAAGGUGAGACAGCCGUCAGUCGUGUUGUCAAGGUAGCCAAGGACAUGUUUGCACAGGAAGGUGCUAGUGCUUUCUGGAAGGGUAUCACUCCUCGUGUCGCACGUGUCGCUCCUGGUCAGGCUGUCGUCUUUACCAUCUACGAAAAGGUCAAGGCUUACAUCGAGGCUGCCAAGCAGGGUGAAUUCAACCUUACCGACACUCGAUCUGAUGAGUAG